GGGUCAGCAGAGCGCUUCACGCAGCAUCACAGCUAUCCUGCAGAAGAAGAACGCCGUUGCUACGCGACGCAACACACAUCACAACUGCGUUAUAACAUUAUUCGAGCCUUUCUUUCCACAUUUAUUGUUCAACUAUCCAGCCAUGCCUCUUCCAGACACAAUGUACUGUUCCCAGCAAAUCAACAUCCCCCCCGAGCUGCCAGACAUCCUGAAAAACUUCACUAAGGCAGCCAUCCGUACACAGCCCAAGGAUUUGCUGGUGUGGUCUGCGGCAUACUUCAGUGCGCUGUCUAAAGGAGAGUGUCUGCCAGUCAAGGACAGGCUGGAGAUGAAUGCCGCCACCCAGAGAACUGACACAGGGCUGACUCCAGGUCUACUCAAGACUCUUCACAAACAGCUGGCCCCCAGGAAAACAUGCAGCAAGGAGGAAGUGCAGAAGAAGUGGAAGGGCCUGUGUCUCCCCGUGGAUCAGCUGGAGAGCCUGCUGUUGCUGGGCAGCUUUGGCUCAGACAUCGUCUGGAUGGUUUUCUCUCUGGGCUGCAGUGCUCUGGGAGGGACCCUCGUGAGUUCUCUGAAGUUUGCCUGUGAGAUCCUGACAGAGGAUGAGGAGGGCGGUGCUGCGAGGAUCCCCUUCGACACCUUCGUCAAACUCUACACCUUCCUGGCUCAACUGGACGGAGACAUGCCACAGCAACACAUCGACAACUUCCUCAGCAGCCUGCAACAACAAGUGGAGCUCCAACACGGGAUGAUUAAACCUUUAGACUUCAUAUAUCAGGAUGAUAUCGACUCAACGACUCAUGCUUCGUCAAACUUUGCCAGAGCAACCUCACGAGCGGAAUAACAAUUAUGUGAACAACAUUGACACAGUCAUGCAGUCAUGCACAACAUGCAGUCAGCAUGUUGAUGCAUUUGUUUAUGGGUGAGACCGAAACACCUUUCACUACUCUGUGUCUAAUAACUAAUGCGCUGGAUUUGGGUUUACAACUCACAUUAUCUUGGUGCUGAGGUGGGAUGAGCGAGCAGAAAUCUCCAAGGCAGCAUAUGAUAGGGACCUGUCAAUGAAGCACACUUCCCCAUUAUCUUCUUUAUGGAACAAUGAUCUCACACAGUGACACAGAUUGGCACAUGUCAAAUUAAUUAUUGAGACCUGAACUCCUAGUGAAAAGAUGUAAUUAUUUUGUAUUACAAGAGAUGUUCUUUCUUUGAGCUAGUGGGAUAAUGACAGUUCAAAGCACUUCUGCAUUCCCCACUAUUCCUCACCAUCACAGUGAGAUGUUUCAAUCUAGGUAUCUUUGUAUUGUAUUUUGUAUACCUCUAACAGCAUUUGAGGGACGAGCUAUACAUAAUGCUGACUUGGCCAGGCUGUAUUUGGGCGUUGUUCUUACACACAUGAACACACAUCACACAAAAUCAUGGUCCAUUGCUGGCUGAUUAAAAUUAGUUAAUUACCACUAUUCGAUUGCUCUUAUUCAACUGGCAGUGAAAGCUUUUUCUGUCCCUGAAUUGAAGUGUUGAACUGAUUGAGUAAUAAUAUAUGAAGUGUUUCUAAUCACUCUACUAAUAAUCACUACAUUAAGUCGUUCCUAUGAAGUGGAAAAACAUAAUUUUCUGGGAAAUCUAAGACACAAGCGGACCCAUUAAAACCUUGUUGUAAACACUCACAAUUAUCAUCACACACACACACACCACAAAAACCUAAACAGUUCAGUACUUGUGUCAAGAAGAGAUCACAGGGAUCUUUGUAUUGCACUCCUGCUUGGGGUAUGCCAUCGAAGAGUCCAUGGUGUGUUGGUGUGUUCUGGCUGCUUGUGGUUUUAGGGGGAAUAUAUAAACGACCAAAUGGGGAAUGACUGCAGAAGCUUGUCUAAACCUACCAGCACCAAGGUCAAUAUGCUCAUUAAGUUCAUUUGGGAUGCUAGCAUUUAUAAACCAAGAGUGAUCUUAUAAAUGUAUUAAAGUGGACCCUUUCGCUCUAUUUGCUCUUUUCCAGCCCUGUUUUUGCAAGGGCUGAUUCGGAUAGCACCGGCUAGCGAGUACUUUUUCCCUCUUUUUCC